ACAAUGUGUUUGUUGCAUCAGAAGUCUCAUCUUCUGGCAAAUGAAAGUAAAAUGUCUAAAGGACGUUUUCGCUCAGUUUCACGUCUCAGUUUUUUCUGAGCAGUCGAAAAAUUGCUCCAAAGUUACGGUGGCGGUCACUUUCCCCUACUGUGCUUUUUAGACGGCCAGUUCCUCCGGAUUGGACGAAGAGUUGGACUGGAUGGCUAAUGCGUUGAAUGCUAAUGUGACAGCACUUUGGGUGGCACCUAUUAGCGGUUCGCCAACAUAUUAUUUAAUGUCAAUCAUUACUCUGGCUUCUGCUCACUGUGCCCAUUACCUACCCAACUGCGGACCCAUUAAUUAAGCCGAUACUCCUGAACUUCGUUGACUUACAACGAUGACAGAGAUAUGAAAAAAUUAUCGCCCCAUCGGCUGCAAAUAUCGGCUGUUUUCCACUCGCUGUGAGUACGCUCAAAGCUGGCAGAUCCCUCCAUUCUCUGUAUCAUCGGUGUCCCCUCCCCGUCCCCAUAGACAGCUCGGCUCAUGACAGGGCGGCCGCCGGACGCGGUGGGCGGGGCCUCGCCCGGGCGCCGCGCUGAUUGGCGGAGCGGCCGUCGGGCACUGUAGCCGGCCUGUGACCAGGGGAGGGGCCACCUCUGCCGACAGCCCGAUACGGCGAGAUGUGUCCUUAGGCACGACAGCGAUCGGCCGCGGUGGUCGGCUCCCGGGUCCCUGGCCGGGAAGGAUACAGACGCUAGCUUGUAUCAGUCUCAGUGUCACUUUCAGACGAUAGGUUUCAGUAGGCCGCCUUUCGUGGCGCAUACAGCACGCGGUAUCCGCAUUUCCCCGAGAAGAUUUCCUCGCCGCAGCGCGCAUUGGCGUGCCUCAGUUUCCCUCCUCCCGCUGCCAAAUCCGAGUCGCCAUGGAUUCAUCGAAGGUGCCCAUCAGCCUGGCUGCCACGGGUGGCUCCCUGUUGAGCCAGGCGGUGCUCGGCGGCCUCUCUCCUCUGUUUCUGCGCGCCUCAGAGCGUUACCAGCGCACGCCCAAGUGUGCGCGCUGCAGGAACCACGGCAUCGUGUCGGCCCUGAAGGGCCACAAGCGCUACUGUCGGUACCGGGACUGCGCCUGCUGCAAGUGCACCCUGAUCGCCGAGAGACAGCGCGUCAUGGCCGCCCAGGUGGCGCUGCGCCGGCAGCAGGCUCAGGAGGAGAACGAGCUCCGCGAGCUGGGCGUGGUGUUCCCGGUGCCGGCCGAGAUGGGCGGGUCGGCCGGGUCGCCGCCCCCGCCCCCGCCCCCGCCCGGAACACACACCGAGACGGCUUCCGAACACGGUGCUACUGAGAUGGACCGCGGUCUGCCAGCGGCAAAGAAGGCCCGCUCCGAGACCGUCGGACGGGACAGAGACCAUGACAGAGACCAUGACAGAGACCACGACAGAGACCACGAAAGAGACCACGAAAGAGACCACGAUAGAGACCAGGAGCGGGACCAGGACCGGGACCAGGGACGGCCGUACCAGCCGGAUGGCGGCGCGGCCACCAGUUUGGACCUUAGGUCACCGGUGACCCUGUCACUGACCCAGCCGCCGCCGAGAGCCACCAGCUCAGACGACGAGGUCUCAGAGAGAUCCACAUCUCCGCGGGCGAUCCAGCCCAGCUACGACUCGGACCGAUCUCUGGAUCUCAUGUCCAGACUCUUCCCGUCAAUAUCCAGAGUGGAGCUGCUACAGGCACUCAAAGCACACGGAGGUAACACUCUGGACGCCAUCGACAGUCUGCUACGGCCGCGGCCGGCCUCUGACCUGCGUGACGAGCCUCCUCCGCCGCCGGCGCCGGUGCCGCCCUCUGCCUUCUCCCCUCUGCAGCUGCCCCCGGCCAUGAUGAGUUUCCCGAGCCUGCGCUACCCGUACUCGCGCCCGCCGUACUUCCCCGUACCGUGGGGCGGCAGUGACCUGUUCCCGCCAUACCCCGGCUACGGCCUGAGCACACCGGCCGGUCUGCCGUCCUCCACGGGGGUCGGCGAGGAGCGGCUCGAGCCCGGCCGCUCGCCGCCCCCGCCCCCGCACAAGUGACGGUGAGGUCAGGUCGGUGGGAGGUGAUGCAAGUGUGAUUGGUGGUCUGGGGAGUGUGACUGUGAGUGUGAUAUGUGGUACUGCUAAUUAUGUCAUACAUAUGUCCAAAAGAUAGUAAUUAUGUAUUAUGAGGCGUGAGAGAAUGUCAGAUCGUAAGAGUUAAGCGGCAUUCAUGAUGACAAUGAUAGUCAUGAAUGCAACUUUGUGCUUCUUUUUGCUUCUGUAAAUACUUUUCAAGGGCUAAUAAAAGCUGCAAUUCUUGUCUCGAGAAUGCUGCGUUAGGUAAGUAAUGCCUCUACUAUGUUCUGUUCGACGUACGUGUACCCUCCCCUUUCAAAUGGAUAAAUAUAGUCGUGUGUACUGUA